GCCGCCCAUCCAGUACGACGGCGCGACGAGCCGCAUCAUGACGCCGACGCUCGCGCCCCUCGCCAUCCCCGGCGGCAUCAUGUCGGAGCGCGCCGCCACGGGCACGACGAGCACGGUGCCGCAGGUCGUCGCGCAGGGGCAGCAGGUCGUCGCCGAGACGGAUUCGGGCGCGUACGUCGCCGAGGUCGAGGGCAAGCUGAGCGUCGGGAUCGACUUUGGAACCACGUUCUCGGGCGUCGCCUUUGGGUCGAACCGCAACAUGAACGGCCAGAUCCGCUGCAUCUUGAGCUGGCCCGGCUCGUACGAGACGUACCGCAAGGUCCCGACCUGCAUCGCCUACUACCAGCCGACGCCGUCGAGCGAGGCCGUCAUCGUCGCGUGGGGCAUCGAGGCCAAGGCCAUGACGCUGCGCGAGGGCUUCUUCAAGGUCGAGUGGUUCAAGCUCUUCCUCGACCCGACCGUCCUGCGCGAGGGCCGCCUCGCGUCGAGCGCGCGCCUUCCCGACCUUCCCUACGGCAAGGAGCCGAUCGAUGUCGUCACCGACUACCUGUCGUGCCUGUGGAAGUACGCCAAGGAGCGCAUCACGGACGAGAUCGGCUCGGUUGCAGACUUGGAGGCGGCCGAUGUCAUCCUUACGGUACCGGCGGCGUGGGACGCGGCGGGGUGCCAGAUGAUGCGCACGGCGGCGAUCCAGGCGGGCAUGGUGCAGAGCGCGAGAGGCGGCGACCGCAACUGGCGGGAGCGACUGCGCAUCAUCACCGAGCCCGAGGCGGCGGCCAUUCAUGCGUCGACCCUGAGCAACCUUCUCAACCUGCGCCCGUCCCAAGCGUUCGUCAUCUGCGACGCCGGCGGCGGCACGGUCGACACGGCGGCGUACAAGCUCAUCGGCCAGCUGUCGAACCUCGAGAUUGCCGAGAUGUGCGCACGGACCGGCGCCAACGCCGGGUCGCUCUUCAUCGACUUGCGCUUCGAGGCGCUCGUCAAGAGCCUUCUGCGCAACCACCCUGUUCACCUCGACGAGGCGUCCCUGCUCGCCUUUCGCCACGCCUUUGCCGAGUGCGACAAGCUCCUGUUCUCGACCGCCGACGACGACACGCACUUCCGUUUCAACUGCUUCAACAUCGAGGACGCGCACGACCCCGAGUGCGGCCUCGAGUACGGCGAGCUCGUCAUCCCGGGCAGCGUCAUCCGGCGAGACGUGUUCGAGCCUGUCGUCCAGCAGGUCCUCGACCUCAUCGAGGUCCAGCUCGCUAAGGUUCCGACGACGCACCAAGGGGUCCAAGCGCUCAUCCUCGUCGGCGGUUUCGCCGCCUCCGAGUACCUGUGCUCGCGCGUGCACGAGACGUUCAGCGCGCGCAUCCCCGUCAUCGCCAAGCCGAGGGACACGGACGUCGCGACGCUCCAGGGCGCGGCGAGGUAUGGACUUGGGCUCAUCGGCGGCAAGGCGACCGUGUCGAGCGUCAUCAGUCCGAGGUCCUACAUCAUGAAGUGCAAGCUGCCUGCGUCCGACGAGGACCGUUACCAGCGACCGGGCUUCAUCGUCCGCAACGACGCUGGCAUCGAGGUGUGCGAGAACCGCCUGAGCUACCUCGUCGCGAAAGGAGCCGUCCUCCGCAAGGGCCAGCGCCUGCGCUCUCGCUACUGCAAGUUCUCGCGCUCGCCGCAAGACAGCGUCUUUACGGCCGUACUCUAUGUGUCGGACAGCGACAAGAUCUACCGCUACACGGACGAGGGCCCGAUCGAGGAGCUGUGCCGAUGGAGCGUCGACCUGUCGGCGCUGCCGUCGUGGGCGCGAGCGGCCGAAAGCGCGACCGGCAGCUUCUGGGUCGAGUUCGAUCUAGCCCUCGUCGUUGAUUCGGCCGAGGUACUUGGCGUGCUGCUCACGGACGAGGGAGAGGAGGUGGGUCGGGCACACUUUGAGUAUCUCGGCAACUGA